AAUCGCGGUCUACGGCCGUAUGACUGCUACUGCCAAAAAUUCCACAUUAGUUGAAAUUUCGGUGGUAGUUACUGAAUCACACAAUAACGCUCAUGACGUCCAGUAAAGAAAAAGAUUCACAGCAGCCUAGCCAGGAAAUCCUGGCAAUCAUACAUGAAGGCUCUCGAGCAUUUUCACUCCAUGACUACGAAAACGCAACAGACAAGUUUGGUCAAGCUUGUGAACUGCUUGAUAAUCAAUUUGGAGAACUAGCGCCACAAUGUGCUGAUGCUUACUUCAUGUAUGGAAAAGCUCUACUGCAGAAUGCGAUACAGCAAAAUUCAGUCCUUGGAAAUGCUGCUGCUGAAGACAGCGCCGCUGUCGAAGACACGGAAACGCUUUCCAAUCCUCGAUUCCAUUUUGAAGGAGAACCUGAUUUAAGAGAAGUGGAAGCUGAAGGCGACGAUGAGGCUGAUGAUGAGGAAGGUCAAGAAGACCAAGAAGAAGAAGGCGAGAGUGAUAUGUUCAACGAUGCAUGGGAUGUACUGGACAUUGCGCGCGUUAUUUACGGAAAAGAUUCUAGUCAGGAGGCGAGAUUGAAGCUUGCAGAUGUAUACUCAUGCCUUGGCGACGUGUCUUUAGAAACUGAGAAGUUCGACCAAGCCAUACCUGACUUUCAGUCCGCUCUCAGCAUCAAACAAAGCAUUUUGGAUGAAGACAAUCGAGAGCUUGCCGAGCUUCAUUAUAAACUAGCACUUGCAUUCGAGUAUUCAACUUCAGAACAACACCAAGCUAUUGAAGAAACACGAAAUGCUGUAAAGGUUCUUCGCAAUCGACUGUCUACUUUGAAAGAAAAGCAACUUGCCGAAUCCGGAGAUGUCAAAGGCAAAGGAAAGGAAAGUAACGUGGUUAUCGAUUCAGGACGUACAUCCGACAUACAAAAGGAGAUCGAUGAAAUACAAGAAUUGAUUCCCGACAUGGAGGUCAAGAUAGAAGAACUGAAGAAUCCAAAGCAGCUAGAGGCCCAGGUGGAUAUGCUUAAGGAAAUGCUCGGUCUGAAAGGUUCAACUGGUUUGCCUGCAGUACCUAUUCCUACCAAUGUCAAUGAUCUCUCAUCACUGGUGAAAAAGAGAAAAGCAGAUAAUUCUGCCACCGCACCUGAAAAGGAGGGCAAGCAACCCAAGAACGAAUAAAAUAGAUACUAAAUAAAAUGCAAGUUUGGC